UCAAUGGCUUCCACAGUCAAAGAAGUUGCCAAGGAGCUCCUUCCACUGGUCAGAGUCUACAAAGAUGGCUCCGUAGAGCGUCUAGUAGGCUCACCUUAUGUCCCUCCAUCACCUGACCAAGAUCCAGAAACCGGAGUCUCUUCAAAAGACAUAACCAUUUCCCAUAACCCUGUCAUAUCAGCUCGCCUUUACCUCCCGAAGCUCACCCAAUCCGAUAAAAAAUGCCCCAUUUUGGUCUACUUUCACGGCGGUGGCUUUUGCAUUGAAUCCUCCUUUUCAUUCCUCGACCACAGAUACCUCAACGCUCUAGUCUCUCAAUCUGAAGUCGUUGCAGUCUCAGUAGAAUAUCGGUUAGCCCCAGAACACCCUCUUCCUGCCGCAUAUCAAGACAGCUGGGCAGCUCUUCAAUGGGUCACAUCCCAUAAGAUCGCCGAGGAUCCCAACAAAGAGCCGUGGUUGCUAAAAUAUGGCGAUUUUGAUCGAGUCUUUAUCGGUGGUGACAGUGCGGGCGGCAAUAUAGCGCAUAACAUAGCUAUGCAGGCGGGUGUGGAGAGUUUGCCUAACGAUGUAAAGAUUGCAGGAGCUAUUCUUUCACAUCCUUAUUUUUGGGGCUCAAGGCCGAUUGGAUCAGAGCCUAGUGAUAAUCAUGAGAAGAGUUUUUCAUGUUUGGUUUGGGAGUUUGUUUAUCCAUCAGCGUCUGGAGGUAUUGAUAAUGAGAUGGUGAAUCCGGUUGGUCCAGGGAAGCCGAGUUUGGCCAAACUUGGGUGUUCAAGGUUGCUGGUUUGUGUUGCCGGGAAGGAUUCGCUAAGAGAUAGAGGUAUUUGGUAUGUUGAUGCAGUGAAGGAAAGUGGGUUUGAAGGAGAAGUUGAAUUGUUUGAAGUGGAGGGAGAGGAUCAUGCUUUUCAUGUCUUUUAUCCUGAGACCCAGAGUGCUAAAGAUAUGAUCAGACGCCUGGCUUCUUUCAUCAAUUGCAGAUAAUUUUUUUAUUUUUCUUAACAGAAUCUCCAAUUCCAAAUCUAAAGACAAGCAUGAAUUGAUAUGUAAGAGUGUGGGCCGAAUUUGUUUUCAAAAUAAUUAUGAAUUAUAUAUCAGUUUUUUAUGGAUAGUACCAAAAAUAAAUUAUUUAUUG